AUGAUCAAUAAUUCAGGUGUUGCCGCAUCGGAAAAUAAUCAAAAUAGUCCAAAAGCAGGUGAGGAGGAGCUUAAGCCAAUAGCAAGCUUAUCAUUUCCAUUUAAAACAUUUGAAUAUCACACUGUCCGAGAAAUUUUGAUUCCAUUUGACAAAAAAUUAUGUAAUAAUGCAAAAUUUAUGACUCCUUUAGAAGCUAUGAUGUAUAUUCGUGACCACUGUCAUCGCAAUGGUAUUAAUUUCAAGAGAUCAAUUGCGUUAAAAUUCGCGAAUCUCUGCCAAGUUUAUGAUCAAGUGCAUGGAUCAUACAUAUGUAUGGAUAGUUUAUCACACACAGUUCUAAAUCAAGCUUUUACAAAAGUUUCACGAUUAGCAUCGACAAAAGUAUUAAAAUAUCUUUAA